AUGGCAUCUCCCGCGCACCCGGCGACCCACCGCCCGCGCCUCCGCUUCCGGCGGCCUCUUCGCGCGCAGCCGCCGCCGCCGCGGCUGCCUACUCCCUCUUUCUACUCCCGCCGCCCCUCCGCACCCCAGGUAUCCCAAUUAAGAGCCAUCGCGUCAAGACCUUCAAGGAGGUGUCAUGCUGUUCAAACUGUCACAGCAUUUGAUGAUGAUCCUGGGGAUUUCUCGCUGGCGCAUGAUGAUGGGGACUUCUCGCUGGCGCAUGACGACGGGGACGAGCAGUUUGGUGUUGCUCCAUAUUCGAGUGAGAGUGAAUGGAGUGAUGAUGAUGUUGUUGUAUUGACCGCAUUCACGGAUGUUGAGUUGCCGAUGACAGUCAAGAACCGGGCUGAGGGCGCAUUAACUAUAGCUGCCCAUAGGCUCUCCACAAUUGACAAAGGGCAUAAGAAGAGUAGAACUCAACAAGGGCUGAUGAAUAAUGUUGGACUGGUUGCUUUCUUAGCAAUAUUACUUUUCUUUGUCGACUGGUGUUCUUGGAAGAUUGUUAGACUACCACUGGACUCCUUUUACUUGACACGCCCUUUUUUAAUAUCAGUAGUUUUAUCAGCACUUGCUGGAUUUCUUUUUGCACCAGUCGCUGAUAGCCUGAAGAUCCACCAUUUCCGGAGGAGAGGAAAGUCUGUUUCUCCGUCAAGUAGAAAGCCAACCCCGGCAAUGGGAGGAUUAUUCUUUGUUCCUGUUGGUAUUUUUGUUGCAAAAAGAGAGGUUGGUUACAACUCGAAUGGAGUUAAUGGAGCAGCUAUGAUUACCCUCAUAUUUGCGAUGGUUGGGUUGCUUGAUGAUAUUUCGAGUCUUGCGUCAGAUGGCAGUCAUAAAAUACCGCAAUGGAUAAGGUUCUUGGUUCAAAUUGUUGCUGGCAUUUACUUCUCUAUCUGGUUGGGUUCUGCAGAUAUUUCAACACCAUAUAACAUGAAAUUUCUGGUUCCUCUGCCUCCUCCUUUUGGCCUUGCACUCAUUGGAAAAGUAUAUAUGGUUCUGGCUGCUACAUGUUCACUUUCGAUGGGGCCGGCAGUAACACUGGUUGAUGGUCUUGAUGGUUUGGCUGGUGGUAUUGCUGCUUUAGCACCCAGAAUGCUUGUUCAUUGCGUGAUGAUAUUGGAAUUUAAAGUAUUUGCCAAGGAUGUGAUGAAAGCCCUUUUAGUAUCGUUUCUACAACAGUGA